GUGGAGAGAGAGAGAGAGAGAGGGGGAGAGAGAGAGAGAGGGGGAGAGACAAACCAACCUGGAGCACUCCAGAAACCUGAGCUGCAUUUUCUCUCCACUCGCCCAUGAGAAGGAGCUGCACUGCUGAAAGUUUCUCCUCAUUCAGUGGAAACAUCAGAGGGCGAGGACAUAUUUGCGGCUGUAACCAUGGACUGCCUCAAAGACUGCUGCAAGACCUUCACCAAGCAGAGCGAGCUGGAGACCCAAGUCAUCACACUGAGGAUUCCUCCUCACAAAGACGCAGCGUCAGGCUGGGAGCCGGAUGGAGGGAGGAUGGGGGUCACUGAGGAUUACCUCCUGUCCAAGCUGCCCCCCGAUGGCAAAGAGGUGCCGUUCGUCCUGCCGACCUUUAAGGCCUCGUACGUCCAACCCCAAGGCGCCCGCUUCCCCAACCUUCAGUCAGGACCUCAGAGCUCAGCACGCUGCACGUACGCAGAGAGGAAGGCCGAGCUGCUUGGCUCCAGUGUCUUCAACUACAGCCCCGAGUCCAGCUUCCACCGGGGUCAGAUGGUCGAGUACAUGUCCCCCGGCUCGAGCCGCAGAGACACGUUGAAGAACAGAAGCUCCAGUCCUCAAAGUCCAGGUUGGAAUCUGAGGCCGAGCGGUGACCAGCGUCUGAGCAGCUCCAUGCUCGACCUCUCCAGCUCUCAGACUCACAUGCAGCUGCAGCACUGUGACUCGCUCUCCAGCGUCCUCAGCAGCACGUCCUCCCCACGGUUCGGCUCCAUCGAGAGCAGCUUAGACUCCAUCCCCCUGUCGUGGGACGAGCGCGAGCUGGGGAAGGUGUGCAUCCAGCUGAGCUACCAGGAGACUCUGGAGCAGGUGUGGAUCACUCUGGUCCAGUGUUCAGAGCUCAACCUUCCUCCUGACGGAGCAGAACAUCAGAAGAUUGGAUUCAAAGGGAUCAUCACCGUCCCCAAACCCAUUCAGUUCAAGAGCUCCGUCAAGGACUACAGUCAGGACGUGUCCUUCAUGGAGACCUUCGUGUUUGCGUUGCGUCUCCAGCAGUUGCGUUGCAGCGCUCUGGUGCUGCGACUGCAGAUGCACGGCAACAAGAAGCGCACGGUGGCCGAGUGCGUCUUCUCUCUGCGACAGCUCGGCGCUCAGGAGACCGAGCACUGGCUCGACCUCAGCCCUCGCUCCAAAUCCUCUGUGUGCCACGCCGAGCUCAAUCUCACCACCUGCUUUCAGCCGGUAAACGGGCGCAUCCAGCUCCAAGUCCUCGCCGCUCAAAACCUCCCAGCAUCCUCCACUCCGCUCACACAAGCGUUCUUUGUCAAAGCGGAGAUGCACCAGCUCGGGCGGGUGGUGAUGAAGAAGAAGACUCGAGUGAUCAAGGCCUCGAAGGGUCAGUGUCAGUGGGCGGAGACUUUCCACUUCCUCCUGGCUGCCGUCGACCACGACUGCUCGCUGUCAGUCAAACUCUACAGCCGCAGCUCGGUCAGGAGGAAGCAGUGCCUCGGACAGAUCCAGCUGGGAUUGGACAGCCCGGUCCCUGAAGCAGUGGAGCAGUGGAAGGACAUGAUCGCUCACCCGGAGAAAGUCGUGUCUGCGUGGCACGGGCUGAGCGCCGCCUGAAUCUCCGCUACCCCCCAGGAACCAGGACUGUAAACUACUGAACGACCUCUGAACGGCAUUCUGGACCAGAUUCCCACAGAGGGUUCAGGUGUGCAGGUGUAAAAAGGGGUUUCGAACAAAGCGUAGGUGCUGGAGUUUUUUUUUUUUUUUGUGGACGCUUAGUGGACAGAAACUCAGCUGUUAACCAUUUAGAUGUAUAUAAGACUUUUUUUUUAUGAGACUUUUUUUUUUAAGCCACAUGCCUUGUAUAUAUCAUCGCUUCUCGCCACGCUUAGAAGUAGCUAAAGUGACCACUAGACUUCAUGCUAGUCUACCAAACAGAACAGGUAAAGAUGGCGUUGUUAAAUAUUUGUUGCCUCCCCCCAAAAAGGUGAAAACCAACAUUACAUUAGGCUCAAAACGUUCAAACUUUCCUUUCCCUUGGGGGGGGGGGGGGGGGUCAGCUCUGUUCAGCUUGACCAGUAGGUGCAGCGGUCUCUGGAGCAGCACCCGGUGUUUCCACGGUAACGAGAAACAUGUUGUUGUCAUGGCGACCUUCACAGGCUGUAGCAACUCUAAAAUGAAGGAUUUCUCUGACUUUGAUAACUGUUGGAAAUAUUUGAGGUAGUUUAAGUUCUCAGCAAA